GCGGCAGAGAACAGAACUGAUGCCAAGGGUAAUUCAGUCGACGUCGACUCUCCCAAUCGGUAACGCAUGUACGAACCGGGCACAACACAACCGGUCGGUCAGCGGAAGUUUUCGAAGCGAAAAAAAAAUUUCAAAAGUGAAAAAAAAGACAUCACUGUGCUAGUGGUAGUGGCUAGUGUGUGAGUGUGUGUGUGCGUGCGAAUUGAAUGCCAGUGUGUUUGUGUGGGGGGGCUAUAAAAGAUUCAACAGUCUGCCAAGCUAAAAAAUAAAUAAAAAUAACAAACGUGAGUUUACUAAAAAAUUAUACAAAAUAGCCAGCAAAAACCGACAAAAAAUGUGUGUGCCACAAAUAAAGUGCUAAGCUAAAAAAUAACACCAGAAGCAGCAACGACAAAAAUAACAGCAACAGCAGGACAGCAGCAACAACAACAAGGUGCAGGCGUCGCCUCUAAGCGCCACUUGAUGCCAACGUGACACACAAAAGGGAAUCUAUUUGAAAAGGCAAUUGACUGGAGAAGAAGGAGGCAACUAGAGCAGCGAUGACACUGACGCAACCACCAACCAGAUGACGUGUGAGACGUGGAGCAGAAGGAACAGGAAUAGGAACAAGGACUGGAGCCAUAUCCAACCGAUGAUCAACGUGAUGCAAAUAGGCGCCAAAAACCGGAGCAACAGGAGUAACAGGAGCAACAACCACCAACCACCAGAGUCGGAGUCAGAGUCGGAGCCAGUGGAGGCCGUUAAGACACUCUCAACUCGACAUGGCGGAUGCGGACGAUAGCAAGAGUGGAAGUGGUGCCAGUGGCAGCGGCAGUGGUCGGGGGAGUGGCGAACUGCAGCUGCUGACCAAGCUGGACAAGGCCGUCUCCACCAACGAUGUGCUGCUCGAUCUCCAGCGAGCCCUCACCUACGAGGCCGUCUUCUCCACCUUGGUGGAGCACAAGAUGCAAGCCCUCAAGCGGGACUACGAGGAGCACAAGCGGGCCAAGCGGCGCAAACGGAAGUCCAUUGGCCGGAUCUUCCUUCCGCGCAAGAUCUUUGGCAGUCGCCGCUCCUGCUCCAGUCGGGAGGACACCCCGCCCCUGCCAGUGCCUGCAGACGGAGAAGCCCCCAAGCCGCAAUCCCCGCCAGCGACAAGUAGCAGCAGUAGCCUCAAGUCCAAGGCCCGGACAAAAGCAACGCCCAAGACCAGGGCAGAUGACAUUGAAGUGGCUUCGGGUUCGGUGGCUAGUGUACCUAGAGCCCAACCCAAGCCGAGGCCGGAGACUCUGGAGGAUAGUCUGGCCAGCACUUUGAGCAAUUCUUCGGGCCCUGGCAUUGCACGGCAGCACAGACACAGCCACAGCCUUUUGGUCAGGGCCCAGACCCACACACCAGCCCGGGACCGGGAGGGAGAUAACGACGCAACGCGACGAUCCACUAGCUCCGAGGAGACGGAGAUCCGGUCGAAGAGCCAGCACCUGGCCAAACAUUCCACAACGAUUAACGGCGAGUCGGAACUACUGCCCCCGGCCUCCGGAUACGACAAUACCUCGACGACUGCCACAGCCACUGCCACGGGCGGCGGAGGCGGAGUGCUGCACAGCUCCACCUUGGCGGACGACAGUCUGACGGCCUCGAUGCGUGGCAGCCUGGAGAGCCUCUCCUACAGCAGCUCCCGGUGCACCGUCAGCUUCGGCGGGGCGGAGAUUAUGGCAGUUUCCGGACUGGACGCAGAGGCGCGGGAACGAGCCCGACUGGCCAAGCGACUUCGCAUCCUGGAGGCCAAGUCGAUUAGUGCCCAGUGCAGCCCAAUCUUUCCCCGGCAUGUGGUGCGAUCAUUUCCGCUGCAGUCGCCACAACAGGCACGCAUGCACAUCAAUGUUCCCUCCAGCCUGGCCUCCAAACCGCAGCCGCCAGUGCAGCAGCUGCCCCAUGUGGCAUUGGACAUCGAAACCCUGCCGGCGCCCCUUCCUCAGCGAAGGCGCCUGCUGCCCAAACAGAUAUCCUAUACGGAUAGUGGAGCAGAUUCGGGGGCAGGAGGCGGAGUCGGUGUGGCAGGAGCGGAGGCGUACUCGCGCUACUUCUCCCGCCAAAACACCUCGGAGGAUAGCGCCAAUGUGACGGUGAGCACGGUUCUGGCCCAAAGCGACUCGCAAUCGUUGCAUGCCCCGCCCAGCUACGCGAAUACGCCCCCCGGCCCGGGGAUAAGGGACCAGGAGAGACGCAAAUCGAGAAGCACGGGGCUGCUAGCAGUGCGACCCCAAGUCCCAGUGGAUCCCCAUACCGUAGUGAUACCCAUAGAGGGAGCAGAGCGGCCAGAGCGCGGAGCCAGGUCUCUGGUGGCCGAGAAGCUGCACCGCAUGACCUCCACGUCGACGGGGUCCAGUGUGGCGGCCACCACGGGCUGCUGCAGUGCAGCCAAGCCCAAGGAGCGGACCGGUGAGCCUUUCAGGCCGACACUGCCCUCCUCGGCGGCAACAACAACGGCCCAGAGUACUGGGAGCGACGAUGAGUACCGUCGCCGGAAGCGGAAGUACAAGAGACAUCAUCGCUGCUCGGAUCCCGCCUUGGUCUAUCCCUCGCCCAGCGGUCUCCAGCAUUAUGUGCACGUGCUUGGCAUCAAUCCGGAUACUCAGCAGCCCAUACAAUGCCCUUACGGCGAGGACUCGCCCUGCGACCUGCAGCUGGACAUGGACAUGGACCUGGACACAGAUGCCGAUAAAAUCGACGACCUUGAGCAGAUGGUCCCCAGUGGUCAUCAGCGGCAUCGCCGAAAGCAUCGCCAUCGCCACAAAAAACGACAUCGGCACAAAAAACCCAAAAUUCUAGUACAGGACUUGGACACAGAGGUUGUUAAGGUGAUCGAUCCUCACGAUCUGUCACAGCGUGCACGCUGGACAAUAAUUGCCACCGCCUGCCUGCUGUUGCUCAUGUGCCUCAUGUUGAUUGGAGUUACUCUCCGUAUGGCUCCGAUCAUCGACGAUAUGGUUCGGCAGGAGAACGAGCGGAGCUACCGCGAGAAUCUGGAACGCACCCGGCUGAUGAAGAACCUCACCGAGCUGAAUCUGCAACGCCAGCAGAUGGAGAUGCAUUUCCACGUUCCGUGAGCGACCGGAAGGAUGUUGCACCGCAGCUGGAGCAGCAGAUGCAACCGGAUGAGAUGUCAUCGCUAGCUGGAAAUGCCAGAAAAUGGCAGCAGCAACAACCAACAGCGACAACAGUUUGUGGCAGGAAACAGGUGGCAGGAGGAACGAACCUUUCCCCUCACCAACCUGCCCCUUUGCUAACCCCCCCAUCCACGCCUCCUUAUCCUUGAAUCAACGUUAUGCGCACAAAACAAAAACUAAAUGAAAUCGAAACAAAAAAAAUUGUUAACUAAAAUCUAGUAAAAAGAACAAAAAUAAUAAAAAAUUCAAGACGAGCACUCCGAAGUGCUCGGCUCAAGCUAAAGUUAAUGCUAAUUGUAGUUAAGUCCGCCCAGGCGGAAGUCACUUGUUUUAUAUCUAACUGAGAGGUAGACUCCACUUAGAGCAAAAUAUGAGAAUGGUGAUGCAGUUAAGUCAAUAGUUGAAGCGUUGUUUAUAGAGUUACUUCGAUGGCAUUUUAAAUGUUAAAUCCAGCACGUUCUGGUAACCAAAAUCGCCCAAAAAAAACUACCUAUUAAUAGUUCCGUUUCAAGAUUUUUCCCAAGUCCCUAACACUCCCUUAAGACGAAAUUGUUUACCAGAACGAACUCGAUUCUCCUGUAAUUAAUGUGCUUAGGAUCUGAUCUAGUAGAGUGGUUGCAGGACGACGCCAGUGGGAAGGAGCAAUUAAGCGAAAGGUUUCGAUGGUUCAGUUGAUUAGCCAAAUGGUUUCAAAUUUUUCUUUAGCAGAUCCCAUAUCCCUCCCCAACCCCCAAAUAGUUUUGUCCAUUCCAAGAACUUACUUUCCGAAUGGCGUCGACUGGGCAGCUAAGAGGCGAAGAGACGAACAAAAGUUGGUCAAUAGUUAUGUCUGAAACUAAGUUGUUAACUGAAAAGUACUCCUAAGUAAAUGUUAAUAGCAAUAAACAGCAGAAAAGUUUUUGUAUCUCUCGGACAAGGAGCAGCGAGGUAAAGCAACCAGCAACACGGAUGAAUAAAAUUGCAAAAGUAUGUAUUCAGUAUUCCAAAAAAAAAUACAUUUUGAGUAAAAAAAAUACGAUUUUCAUAGAAUAACAAUAAUUGUAAAAGAAAGCUAAACAUUCAAUAGAGUCUAUUCACGAGAAGAACUUGUGCCAACUGGGUACCUCUAGGCCCAUAAAUAAUUAUUAAAAAAUAAAUGGAAAAUAACAAGGAAGUUAGAUUAUUAGCGGAUUGAUGUGAAAACUGUUACUUAAGUGCAAAACGAGCUUGUUGUCGAAUUAAUUUUAAAUGGAUUUAAACUAAGUGAAAUCUAAGCUAAAUGUUAAAUGUUUUUUUAGGUGUUCAAUGUUAAAAUUAAUUUGUGGUCGAGCUGCUGUCGAUGAGUUGACUGCCCAGCCUUUGCUAAAUAUAACUCAAUAUUGUAUGAGUAUUAAUGUGUGUAUGAUUUUAUCGCAAACCUGUGCUAACUCAGUUGCAAAGUUUAAUGACAAAAUGUAGCUUGAAGCAAACUUCUAUCGGUUUCAGCCAACAGAGCUCUCCCCCAGUCUAUUUUUGCCCCAAUUACCAAUUAACUCACAAUUAUUCCGCCAGCAUAUUCGCCCAGCUGCACAUUGUCAGUUUUCCUGAAACUAAAUUGGAUAUUAUCCGAACUUUCCAGUUGAACAAUACAUUUUGUAUCGUGUAUAUAUUACGAUUCUCUAGUCCUAUAUAUCGAUUCUGGGGGCAAAUGGCAAGAGCAGAGGGCAGGAGCAGGAGCAGGAGCAGGACAACACACAAAUGGAAAGCUUUAAAUUAGCUCAAUAAAUUGUAAACAUUAACAUUUAAUCUACUUAGCUGGGAGCCGUUUGUUAAAUGCAAUACAAGUACACAAGUACCAAACCACAUCCCAUUAUGCUCAUUCAGACUUGUAAGAUUUGCAUUUCGGGUCAGGGAAUUUCAAUUUCAUAUUUGACCAGACGAUCCAUAAGCCAAGGAGGCUACACCUGCCACACUCACCACAAAAACACACAAAGGAUACAUCCUUAAAUAAGGUACUUGGCAAUUGCAUUUAAGGUGAGGUGAGGAGUAAUUGUGACAGAUCGGAAUGAGAAUAUAUACUAGGUUCGCAUAAUUGAUUCAAAAUGCAUGCUAAAAAUCGAACAAAACGAAAAACAAUACAAUUAACGAAAGUAAACAGAAAUAAACUGACCGGAGCUAAUCCAAAAACUAAUUAAUACAAUACAACUAAUGUCUGUAAUUAUGACUAGCUAAGUGUAAAAAUGUAAGCUGAAUUAUUAUACAAACCAACUACAAUCGAAGCAAAAUUAAAAUUGAUGUAAUGAAAUACUCGUAAUAUUUUAGGGCAAGAAAAAAAUUGAAACAAAACAGAAAACAGAAAAGAAAACCAAAUACCAAAUAAUGGAAUAAUGGAUAAAUGAGUCACAAGUUAAAUACAAGAAUAAACUAAAUUAUUUCUCGAGAAAAAAUCAAACAUUUUAGCCUUUGAAAGAGAGACUUUUGGUGCCCAAUCCAGUUUGAGCAAUUAUUUACAACCGAAAAAAGAUAAAUAAUAAUAAUAAAAAUAAAUUGAAACAAGGACACGGCUAGAACUCUGACACCCACUCACAUACACACUCACAAAAGACACACUUAAACCACAGAUUUAUUGUAAAUAGAAAAACAAAGCAAAGUAAAACACAACAAAUGGGUAAAUACCAAGUACAUAAAUAUAUAAUGAAAAGGCUUAUCCAAGAAAAUCAACAUUAAAUUAAUUAACAACGGAAAUCAAACAAAAACAGGUAAUACUUAAAACUCGUGUGCAAGGAAUAACUUUAACUGUUAAUUGUUGCUGGCAAUGCAAAACAAAAACCAAAAAUAAAAAUAAAUUAAAUAAACCAUUAAAGAAACAAAAAUAAGAAAACAAAUAUAUUUAAAAAUACAUUUGAACGCCUUCGGGCGCUUUAUUCAUCAAGCAAGCAAGCAAGAAAUGUUGAAAAUCAAAAGAAAAAGUCAAACAGAAGCCAUACAAGCGAUAAAUCAAUUUGUGUCACCUGUGUAGUAAGUAUAUCUCAGUAUUUGUAACUGAAAAUGUGUUGAAAUGCGCAACACGAAUGCAGGCAGCAACCAAAACAAAGAAAAUCAAAUGAAAAUAAACUGAAUUUACAAGUGAA